CACUGCAAGUCACCAGUGUGCGACUGGCAUUUUUUGUUUCCGGCCCAUGGGGCCAGAGUGGGCUGGGCUGCUGUCCGAAGCGGGUGCCGGCAGCCCUUCCGCCGUCAUGUCAGACACGGACAGCGAUGAAGAUUCUGGUGAAGGCCCAUUUUCUUUAACUGGGUUCCUGUUCGGCAACAUCAAUGGAGCAGGGCAGCUGGAAGGCGAAAGCGUCUUGGACGAUGAGUGCAAGAAGCAUCUUGCAGGCUUGGGAGCUUUGGGUCUUGGCAGCCUGAUCACUGAACUCACAGCAAAUGAAGAAUUGUCUGGGACUGAUGGUAACCUGAUAAAUGAUGAAGGAUGGGUUACGAGUAGAGAAGAUGCUGUAGACUAUUCAGACAUCAACGAGGUGGCAGAAGAUGAAAGUAGAAGAUAUCAGCAGACAAUGGGGAGCUUGCAACCCCUUUGCCACACAGAUUAUGAUGAAGAUGACUAUGAUGCUGAUUGUGAAGAUAUUGAUUGCAAAUUGAUGCCUCCUCCACCUCCACCUCCAGGACCAGUGAAGAAAGAGAAGGACCAAGAUGGUAUUACCACCGGGUACCAGGUCCAAGUGUCUGAAGAUGGAGAAGGCAUCAUCUUGCCCUCCAUCAUUGCCCCUUCCUCUUUGGCCUCAGAGAAAGUGGACUUCAGUAGUUCCUCUGACUCAGAAUCUGAGAUGGGACCUCAGGAAGCAACACAGUCAGAAUCUAAGGAUGGAAAGCUGACUCUACCAUUGGCUGGGAUUAUGCAGCAUGAUGCCACCAAGCUGUUGCCAAGUGUCACAGAACUUUUUCCAGAAUUUAGGCCUGGAAAGGUGUUACGCUUUUUACGGCUUUUUGGACCAGGGAAGAAUGUCCCAUCUGUUUGGAGGAGUGCUCGGAGAAAGAGGAAAAAGAAGCACCGUGAACUUAUACAGGAAGAGCAGGUCCAGGAAGAGGAGUGCUCAGUAGAAUUAGAAGUCAACCAGAAAUCUCUGUGGAACUAUGACUAUGCUCCACCACCACUUCCAGAGCAGUGUCUUUCUGAUGAUGAAAUCACAAUGAUGGCUCCUGUGGAGUCUAAGUUUUCCCAGUCAACUGGAGACACAGACAAAGUAAUGGAUACCAAACCAAGAGUGGCCGAAUGGCGUUAUGGACCUGCCCGCCUGUGGUAUGAUAUGCUAGGUGUUCCUGAAGAUGGCAGUGGGUUUGAUUAUGGCUUCAAAAUGAGGAAGACUGAACAUGAACCUACAAUAAAAUGCAACAUAAUGAAGAAAUUAAGGAAACUUGAGGAAAACAAUAGCGCUGAUCUUCUGGCAGAUGAAAACUUCCUAAUGGUGACACAACUGCAUUGGGAAGAUGAUAUCAUCUGGGACGGGGAAGAUGUUAAACACAAAGGAACAAAACCUCAGCGUGCAAGUUUGGCAGGCUGGCUUCCUUCCAGUAUGACUAGGAAUGCCAUGGCCUACAAUGUUCAGCAAGGUUUUACAGCUACAUUGGAUGAUGAUAAACCUUGGUACUCCAUUUUCCCCAUUGAUAAUGAAGAUCUGGUAUAUGGACGUUGGGAGGACAAUAUCAUUUGGGAUGCUCAGAACAUGCCUAGAAUUUUGGAGCCUCCUGUUUUGACACUUGAUCCCAAUGAUGAGAAUUUGAUUUUGGAGAUCCCUGAUGAGAAGGAAGAAGCUACUUCCAAUUCUCCUUCAAAGGAGAGUAAGAAGGAAUCAUCUCUGAAGAAGAGUCGAAUUCUCUUAGGAAAAACAGGAGUCAUCAAGGAAGAACCACAGCAGAACAUGUCUCAGCCAGAAGUGAAAGAUCCAUGGAAUCUCUCCAAUGAUGAGUAUUACUAUCCCAAGCAACAGGGUCUCCGAGGUACUUUUGGAGGGAAUAUUAUCCAGCACUCAAUUCCAGCUGUAGAAUUACGGCAGCCCUUCUUUCCCACCCACAUGGGACCCAUCAAACUCCGGCAGUUCCAUCGCCCACCACUAAAAAAGUACUCCUUUGGGGCACUAUCUCAGCCAGGUCCACACUCAGUCCAACCUUUGCUGAAGCACAUCAAAAAGAAGGCAAAGAUGAGAGAACAAGAGAGGCAAGCCUCGGGUGGUGGAGAGAUGUUUUUUAUGCGCACACCUCAGGACCUCACAGGCAAAGAUGGAGAUCUUAUUCUUGCUGAAUACAGUGAGGAAAAUGGACCAUUAAUGAUGCAAGUUGGCAUGGCAACCAAAAUAAAAAACUACUAUAAACGGAAACCUGGAAAAGAUCCUGGAGCCCCAGAUUGCAAAUAUGGAGAAACUGUUUAUUGUCAUACAUCACCUUUCCUGGGUUCUCUUCAUCCUGGCCAGUUAUUACAG